UGUGGCUCAGACUAGAAAGAGGCCCCACCAAGUACUGCCACCGUGCCGUGUCGGCGAAAGGUGGGGAAUUCGAAGCAUGAGCUUUCUGUCGCGGAGUGAAUACGAUCGUGGCGUCAACACCUUCUCGCCAGAGGGCCGACUCUUCCAGGUUGAAUAUGCCAUCGAGGCCAUCAAGCUGGGUUCAACAGCCAUCGGGAUUUGCACCAAGGAGGGUGUCAUUCUCGUAGUGGAGAAGAGGGUGACGUCACCAUUGGUCGACCCCAGCUCCAUUGAAAAGCUCUUAGAGAUUGACUGUCACAUGGGCUGUGCCAUGAGUGGCCUCACUGCUGACGCACGAACUUUGGUGGAUCAUGCCAGAGUUGAAGCGCAGGCACAUUGGUUCACCUACAACGAGCGCAUGCCCAUCGAAAGCAACGUCAAUGCGAUUGCAGACCUGGCCUUGGACUUCAGCGACUCGGACAAGAAGAAGAAGACCAUGUCGCGGCCCUUCGGCGUGGCCCUGUUGGUUGGUGGCGUGGAUCCUUGGGAUGGUCCCGUGCUCUUCAACACGGAUCCUUCAGGAACUUUCACCAAGUAUGCAGCCUGCGCCAUUGGCAGCGCUCAGGAGGGUGCAACAAGCAUGCUGCAGGAACAGUACAACAAGGACAUGACAUUAAAGGAGGCUGAGAUUUUAGCGCUCACCACGCUGCGUCAGGUCAUGGAAGAGAAGUUGAGCAAGUCCAACAUCGAGGUUGGAGUGGUCCCAGCUACUACCGGAAUGUUCCGCUGCUACACAGCCGAAGAGCUGGACGACCUCAUUUCUCGAUUGCCAGCACCGACACUGCCAACUUUGUCGAGCGCGACAGGCCCAGGUCGAAGUGACCUCUCCUACGGGGCAUAAAAGGGCAUAAGAGGCUCUUGAUGUAUCGAAAGUGAUAUCUCAUGGUACGAAAAGAGGUGCACAGCGGCAGACCAAUGGAGCAUUCACAGCGCUCAGCGUCAAGGAA